AUGUCACUUAAGCAAUAUCAAAGAGAAUUUAUAGAAUACUCCAUCGCUCAAAAUAUUCUGAGUUUUGGUUCAUAUACAUUAAAGUCUGGCCGUAAAAGUCCAUAUUUUUUCAAUACAGGCAAAUUCAACACGGGAGAAUCUAUAUCAAAAAUUGGUAAAUUCUAUGCGGAAGCCAUAGAAUCAUUCCACGAAUUAGUUUAUGAUGGGAUAUUUGGUCCGGCAUAUAAAGGAAUACCUUUGGCGACCUCAACAGUUAUAGCAUUAUCAGAAAUCUUCAAUAAAAAUAUACCAUGUUCCUUUAAUAGAAAAGAAAUCAAAGAUCAUGGUGAAGGUGGUAAUAUUAUUGGAUCUUUGAGUGGAAAAAUAUUAAUUAUUGAUGAUGUUAUUACGGCUGGUACCGCCAUUAGAGAAAGCAUUGAAAUUAUUACAAAAAAUGGAGCUAAGGUUGCUGGAGUUAUUGUGGCCGUGGAUAGACAAGAGAGAGGUACUGGUGAAAAAUCCGCCGUACAACAAAUUGAAGAAACGUAUGGUGUUCCUGUUAAAUCGAUCGUUAAUUUGGAACAAAUAAUUAAAUAUUUUAAAGAAAAAGAAGGUUGUGAUGAGCAUUUAACAAAAAUGGAAGAAUAUAAGGCCUUAUAUGGAAUUAAUUCCUGA